UGUCGCUUGCAAGAUACUUGAGAGCUGCAUUGCUGACUCCUCAUUAGCCGACUGGCAUCGGGGCUGCUGGCAGCUAUGCAACUUUGGCGUGUAGGUUGUGGCUUGUGCACUUGCCUGUGGCCCGUGCUGGCUGAGACUCGAGAAUAUUUGGCCAACAGCUGGAGCACUAGCUUCUACAGACCACACGAUGUUCAAAUACGCCACGUAGGUCUUGUCAAUGAAGAGACAGUGUACUUCGCCACUGCUUCGGGCGUGUCCAUGCUGCGUGACGGCCUUUUGACGCCAGCAGUGGAGCUGCAUGAUGCCGAGCUCACUGCUUUCCAUUUAUGUCAUCACCGCAGUAGCAUCUUCUACGAGACGCUCUCCAAAGAUGGCGGGGUGCUGACCGUGCACGAGUACAGUUUGCUUGCCAAAGAGUCCGUCAAGGUGGCAAUCUUCCAGGAGACAGUGCCUGCAAAAGCUCUGGCAUGUGUGGAUCAUCUCCUCUUGCGAGCCUCACGUGCUAAUCUGGUGGCUGUCAGCCUCACACAUGACGCACCAAUUACCUUGCUCCAAAAGUUCAAGGAGGCUGAAGAUUUUUACGGCUCCCUGGCGGUGGCAUUUCCUGCAGACUCUGUUCAUGAGGCGCAAAUCUUCGGAGUGGUGCCCAGGAACCGGACCGUGGUGAGGGUGAAGCUGCAACAGGACAGCGCCAACCUUCACCUUAGCGGAAUCGACGAGCUGUUGACUGCAGGUGAGGGAGCUGAUGGCCUGCUGGAGACUGCAUCGGUCCUUGAACCACGCUUCGUGGCAUGGCUCCAUGGCAAGCUCUUGUUCGUGGACCACUGUUCUCUGCGCCAGGUGGUGGAUGGCCGUGUCAGCACUCUCCUGGGCACCCCGGGAGACUGCGCGGAAGGGAACGAAACGCUGCAGCCCGCUUUCUGGGCUUCCAAAAUUACAGCGCCACUAGGCUUGGCGGCAGAAUCAGAGGCGACAGCUGGGCACACCUCCCUUCUUCUGACUGCCAAACAGGUAAUAGAGGUCACUCAAGAGGAAGACGCAUGUGCAGAGUCUUCCCGCGCUGAGUGCGUGAAGGCUGCUGCUGGCUGCGGUUGGGCAGAAGGAGACCGCAGCAGCCAGCGGCGCUGCUUCUCCUGCAAGCGCUUGCAACGUUGGGCAGAUGCGCAGAGGCCCACUGUGGAGCCCUGCUCCUUGGAAGCCGCGCAGGGCCCCGCGCGCUACGACCUCGUGGGCUGCGGCUGCGCUCCGCCGAAGCCCCCCGCGGCCAAGGAUGAUUCUGCGGCCGGUGUGGUGCGCGUGAUGGUCUUCCUUGGCUGUUUGGGUGCAGCAGCAUAUUGGUAUCGACAGCGCCAGCUUCAGCGGCGGGACGACUUUGUGAUGCCCGCCGGCGCGCAGUUUCACACCUUUUCAGAUGGCGAGGGCUACGUGCGCUACGACAGCGAGCCUUUCUCGUAGCCCGCGGGUCUUGAGCAUUGCGGUUCCCGCACGGGCGCCAGUCUGUUGUACAAAAAUCCCAAGACUCACUUGGCACAGGAAGCGGUCUACAAAGGCCUUACUUCCCUUCAAAUUUGUUUGGAAAGGAGAUUCGAGGCUUGGACGCAGC